AUGGAACGUUUAUGUGUAAUUCUUAUGCUUAUAAGUAAAACUUUAAUAGUCAAGGCACAAUUCAAUGGAUUCAACUGUGAUGCCAACUUCCACAGCCGCUUUCCCGCUGAGCGGGACAUCAGUGUAUAUUGUGGAGUGCAGACCAUAACGUUGAAGAUAAAUUUUUGCCCAGUGCUAUUCUCCGGCUACACCGACACUGACUUGGCACUCAAUGGUCGUCAUGGAGAUGCUCACUGCCGAGGGUUCAUUAACAACAACACUUUUCCAACAGCCGUGCUGUUCAGCAUCAGUCUCAGCACCCUGGAGGCCUGUGGUAAUUCACUAGUGGUUUCCACAGCUCAGGGGCCCAAUGCUUAUGGGAAUCUCUCCCUGGUCCAGAUUGGUAACAUAGCAGGGUACAUUGACACUCCCGAUCCCCCAACGGUCAUCAGUUACCUGCCUGGACUACUUUACAAGUUUAGUUGUAGUUACCCACUGGAGUACCUGGUCAACAAUUCACAGCUUGCUUCGUCAGCUGCAGCGAUAUCAGUGAAGGACAGCAAUGGUACAUUUGUUAGCACGUUGAACUUACUCCUGUACAACGACUCCACAUACAUACAACACUUGGCGAUCCCCAUGGCAGGACUCACUCUGAAGACACGGGUGUUUGCUGCCGUAAAAGCCACUAACCUAGACAGGAGGUGGAAUGUUCUGAUGGACUACUGUUACACGACUCCCUCUGGGAAUCCUAAUGAUCAUCUCCGAUACGACCUUUUCUUUGGAUGUGAUAAGGACCCGCAGACGACAGUGUUUGAGAAUGGGAAGAGCCAGAUGGGCCGCUUCUCCUUCGAGGUGUUCCGAUUUGUCAAGCAUAAGAACCAGAAGAUGUCUACUGUCUUUCUGCACUGUGUGACCAAACUGUGUCGUGCUGACGAUUGCCCAAUGCUCUUGCCUAUCUGUGGUAAGAGGAAGAAAAGGGACGUGUCGGAAAGAACCGGUGCAGCCUCUGACAAUGCAGUCAUUACUGCUGGACCCAUCAUCACCAGGAGUGACGAAACUCCCACCAAUAAUUCCCAGCUAGCACAGUUAAACGGCCCUCCGUUCAAAAUUAAUUCAGUGAUGAGUGCUCUGAUUUCUGCCAUCACAAUCCUUGCUGUUAUGAGCAUGUGUUUCUUCAUCCUGUCUCUAACACUGCUGAGGGGGAAACGGACGCCUCCAACAUCUCUUUCCGGAGCCCACAACCAAGCUUUCAGCUAAACGCACACACAGCACUUCACUCAGAUACAAAGCAAUACAUAAUUUGUGCAGCGGUCUUCAUUUACACUCAAUCAUGUAAUACAGGGAAAUAACAGGUCUAUAGCAGGGCAUCAGGUGCAGCACACCCAAGGGUAACUAAGCAGACAAUACAGUGACAUUAUUGCGUGAUAUAAUUUGGAAAAAAUAGCUUUAGCUAAAUAAAUGUUUCAUGGACAAUUUCAGGCAUUUUCCAUUGAUUUCCUUUAAGUAGCUUUUUGAUAUAGACUUUAUCCAAGUUAGGGAGCUUGUACUAUCUUAAGCUACACCAAAUUGCCUAUAUUUGGUUACACAUCAUUAACACAGCUUUAUUUCAAACAGCCACAUCAGACUAAGCUGUUACAACACUACGCAACAGUACAAAAAUGUGUU